AUGGAGGAUCGAGGAGUUCAUGAGCGAGUGUAUGUUUUGAGCGAAGGAAGUGGGGCGUUUGGGUGUCGAGUGAAUAGUGGGCCGCUAUGUAGCGAGGAAAUCAAGGUCAAGACGUAUCCUAUUGACAAGACGAGCAGUGAGCGGGUUCAGGAGAGUUUGGUAGUACGAGACUUGCUUUUGGUGUUGCAGGGGUAUGAGGGAGUUUACAUUCGGUACAAUAACAGUUAUUCGCGGGAGAUGUUGGUUGGUCCUGAGUAUAAAGUGGUGAAGAUGAUGAAUGUUGCGUUCAAGAGUUUCAGCAAGAAGUUGAUCAAGAUCGGGUCUAUAUAUGUGAAGCUGGAGAAGUUUGGACAGUGGUGUGGUGAGGAUAGGUACGGGAGGGUGAUGCACCGGCUUGGGUACGAGGUGCGGAGGUUUUUGCACGAGGAUUAUUUGAGUUGUGUGAAGGAGUUGGAGAGACGGUUUCAGGAGGAUGUUUUGUUUAGCAUACGGGACUUGGAGAUGGCGUUAGAGGAGGAGUAUGUGUAUAAGUUCAAGCUUUUGGAUCGGCUAGUGGACGAAGUUGUAGGGAGUGUGAAGUAUCGGAGCGAGAUGGACCGUGUGCAGAUGGAUUUCGACAAUUUUAUGGAGGAUUUGAAGCGCGACACCAAUAGCGAGAUCGAUUUGCGGGUGUUGUACGAUACACGGGUGUCGCUGUAUGUGAAAGGUGGGUCGUUGUUGUUAAUUUUGCAAAAGAUGAUGGAGCAAGAGCAAGGCGAUUCGCGGCACAUCAAGUUUCUCUCGGCGUUGUGCGAGCCAUUGUACGAAGUUUACAGCAAGAUGUUUAUUCAGUGGAUGGAACACGGGCAAUUGGCAGAUAUUCACGACGAGUUUUUGAUUAGUGACACUGUAGCCGAUGUUGAUGAUGAGAAGUUAUCGUACAUGUUGGAUAACGAGCGGUUGUGGGACACCAGAUACGUCAUUCGCAAGGACGGAUUGCUUCCGCAGUUACAGGAUAAAGAGUUGCUGCAGAAAAUACUGCUGACGGGUAAAAUAUGGAGCUUGAUUCGCGUGUGCUGCGGAACUACCGGCACCACCACUAGUACUAGUACAAACACCAAGAAUAAUGGUGGUGUUAGCAGCGGUGGAAGUAUUACGGGCAACAUAUUCACCAAUACGACCCUUCUAAGAGCCUAUGUGAACGAUUGGUACCAGCGCGCCAACGACGAAUGCGUCAGGAUGUUUUACGAGGGAUACCACAUGGACAAAUUCAUGCAAUUGGUACACGACCAAUCGUACGUGCACGGUGUUUUGGACCAGAUCUGGAGCUCGAAGUUUCUAGCCAAGUCGCUUUUCGAACUAACAAGAAGCCCCAACGAGGCUACUGUGGUCAAAAUCCAAAGGCAUUUCAGCGAUGUGGUUCGUGAAGUUAAGGUUGAAGAUAGUUACAAAGGCAUGUUACUACAAUUAACCAGCUUAAAGUUGGAUACCAAUCCAUUUUUCCAAACGUUACGCCAAUUCAUAGAUGACCAAGAAAGCCAGUUGUUGAAUGCAGAUAACUUCCAACAGUUGAAGGUGAUGUUGGUGGGCAACCAGGGAGUAGGAGAGGAACCACAAUUUGGUAGGACCAAAAAGAAAAAGAAUUCUGUCCCGGCAGCAAUGUAUGUUCAGUUUGAUACCAGCAUACCGUACCCUUUGAACAUUAUUUGGACCAAGCCAGUCAUGGUGCAGUACCAGAUGAUUCAUCGGCUAAUAUUCAUUCUCUCGUACCACGAACGUUUGCUAGAAGACACAUGGUUCGAGAUAUCCAAGAACGAUUAUUGGAGACGCAAUGGUGUACCGUCCCAGGAAAACAAUAUGCUAAAAGUUCAAUGCAUACGUCUGGCACGGGUUCUACAUUUCCAGAUGAGAUCGAUGGUGAAGGAGAAAAGAAGACAGGUGACGACUGCAGCAGCAGCAGCAGCAGCAACAGCAGCAGCAUGUGGAGCUGCCACCGCCGCCGUGGGCCCCGCCACGCGCGAAAGGGAUCUUCUCACCCUUCAACACACCGUGCAGGAUCACGUGACCAACAUAGUAUCAAUCGCUGGCCUUACAUCCAUACACCACAUAGAAACACAGGAGGCCACGCUCCAUCUGAUACACUCGUUCAUACGGUUCGUGGCGUCAUGGCGCAGAUCCAAGCGUCCCACAAGCACCAAUUCCAACGCAAAUACCACUACCAUCACCACUGGCAUGCAUGCAAGCCGCAUGCUGGACCACGACAACACAGACGGGGCAGAAGAGGACAUUUCGACCUGGCAAUUAAGAAUGGAUACCUUAAGGCAGUACAUGUCCGUAUGGAACGAUAUCGUCUCGCAAACAUAA